AUGCGUUCUGCUCGCGGCGAGAUAGUUCUACCGGAACGUUUAGCCAACAACAUUCAUGUUCAGCUUUCCGAUAAAGUGCGAGAACCCUCUACACGUCUCUGUCUCGCGGGCGUCUUGGCUAGCGACGACGCCGGCUCGCGCCAAUACUCGGAAUGGACUCGAGAGACUUGUCAAGCUAUUGGCGUAGACUUUUGUCUCGUGCGUGUGUCACCUAGAAACGUCACAACGUACAUCAAGGCGCUCAAUGCGAACCCUUGUAUUCAUGGCAUCAUCGUGUACUACCCGAUUUUUGGAGACUCCAGGGACGAUGAACUAAAAAGUCUUGUCAAAUAUGCAAAAGAUGUCGAGGCUCUCAACUGCAAGCCUUCGCCCCAAUUCCCCAAAGUUGUGAACGGUCCAGGGCAACACUGUCAGACGUCGGCACUAGUACCAUGCACGGCUGGGGCCGUUGAAUCCAUCUUACAUUGGAUUGGAAUCUAUGAUCACAAUCUGCCUGCGAGACAACAACUGCGAGGGUGGGAAAUCUGCAUCAUCAACCGAUCUGACGUGGUAGGGCUUCCCCUCGCCCGAUUGCUGGCGGGCCAGGGAGCCCGUGUCUAUAGCGUCGAUGUUACAGGAGUCCAGCUAUUCCACUUAGUCAAUACCUCUUGUGGUGUGGGUGAGGUACAAAUAUUAACCACUAAGUGGACGCUGCAAGAUGCCGUGAAGAUGGCUGGCGUGAUCAUCUCGGCCGUCCCGCACCCUGCGUUCAAGGUGGACACCAAAUGGCUUCAAAGCGGGGCGAUCUGCAUAAACGUCUCUUCAGCCAAGGUACGCUCUUAA